GAAAAUGAAGAUUCCUUGCUGUUCGGUGUGUCAGACGAAGUACAACGAAGAAGAACGAUGUCCUUUGUUGCUUCAAUGCGGUCAUGGCUUCUGCAGAGAGUGCCUUUCUCGAAUGUUCUCUGCUUCUUUAGACACAACCCUAUCUUGCCCUCGGUGCAGAGACGUCAGUGUCGUCGGAAACUCCGUCAACGCUCUUAAAAAGAACUACGCAGUACUUGCGCUGAUUCAUUCGGAUGGUUUCUCUUCUGGAUCGGACUCCGAGGCGGAGGAGAACGAUGAGGAGGAUAACGAGUUUUCCGAAGAGUUUAGGCGGCGCUGCCGGGAACAUGCCUCGAGUUCGGGUUGUGGUCCCCGUGGUGGGUCGGGGAUUGAGCUAGCAUCGCAUCAGGAAUUCAAGUUGUUGAAGAAGAUUGGGGAUGGAAGGAGAACGGGGGUGGAGAUGUGGACGGGUUUGGUGGUUGGUGGGGCUGGGGUGGGGCGGUGCCGCCAUAGAGUGGUGGUGAAGAAGGUGCCGAUAGGGGAGGAGACGGAUUUGGUAUGGGUUCAGAGUCAGCUGGAGAAUUUGAGGAGGGCGUCGAUGUGGUGUCGGAAUGUGUGUGCUUUUCAUGGCGUGACCAGGGUGGAGAGAAGCUUGUGUUUGGUUAUGGAUAUGUGCAAUGGGUCACUUCAGACCGAGAUGCAAAGGAAUGAAGGGAGACUCACUCUCGAGCAAAUCCUCAGAUAUGGGGCAGACAUUGCUCGUGGGGUGGCGGAGCUCCACGCGGCAGGUAUUGUUUGUAUGAACCUAAAGCCAUCCAAUCUUCUAUUGGAUGCAACUGGUCGUGCGGUAGUGUCCGAUUAUGGCCUCUCAGCGAUUCUAAAGAAACCUGCUUGCCGAAAAGCUCAAGCUGAGUGCGAUUCCUCAAGAAUUCAUUCAUGUAUGGAUUGUACAAUGCUUAGUCCAAACUACACUGCUCCAGAGGCAUGGGAGCCAGUAAAGAAGUCGUUGAAUCUUUUCUGGGAUGAUGCCAUUGGUAUAUCUGUCGAGUCAGAUGCCUGGAGCUUUGGUUGUACAUUGGUGGAAAUGUGUACUGGUUCUAUACCGUGGGCUGGUUUAAGUGCAGAGGAAAUAUAUCGGGCUGUUGUCAAGGGCCGCAGACAACCUCCCCAAUAUGCCGGUGUGGUAGGAGUUGGAAUACCGAGGGAAUUAUGGAAGAUGAUUGGUGAGUGCCUUCAAUUCAAGGCAUCAAAAAGACCAACUUUUAACGCAAUGUUAGCGAUAUUCCUACGGAACCUGCAAGAGAUACCUCGCAGCCCUCCAGCUAGCCCUGAUAAUGAAUUGACCAAAUAUUCUGGAACAAAUGGGAUGGUUUCAGCCCCUUCAUCAGAUUUGGAAGUUGUCCAAGAUAAUCCUAACCUCCUACACCAGCUUGUAUCUGAAGGAAAAGUGAACGGUGUUAGGGAAUUGCUUGCAAAGGCGGUAUCAGGAAACAGUGGCAGCUCAUUACAUGCUCUUUUAGAAGCACAGAAUGAUGAUGGCCAAACUGCUCUUCACCUGGCUUGUAGACGGGGCAGUGCAGAACUUGUUGAGGCCAUUUUGGAGUACAAAGAGGCAAAUGUUGAUGUCCUUGACAAAGAUGGGGAUCCGCCACUCGUAUUUGCUUUAGCAGCUGGGUCCCCAGAAUGUGUUCGUGCUCUUAUCAAGCGUUAUGCAAAUGUCAGAUCUAGGUUGAGAGAAGGCUGUGGUCCAUCUAUUGCUCAUGUUUGUGCCUACCAUGGUCAACCAGAUUGCAUGCGUGAGUUGCUAUUGGCUGGGGCUGAUCCAAAUGCAGUGGAUGAUGAAGGUGAAUCUGUGCUACAUAGAGCUGUUGCCAAGAAAUAUACUGACUGUGCCAUUGUCAUAUUGGAAAACGGAGGCUGUAGGUCUAUGGGUCACCUGAAUUCAAAAAAUAUGACGUAA